CGGGGGCGGCUCCGCGGGCUGCCCGCCUCAGGGGCUCCGGGACCGCCUGAGGGCUCCGGGGCCGCCGCCGGACCCCCGCCCUGCCUGCGCCGGUGCCACAGCUCCUGUCCAGCGAGCCCCGGAGCUCCCGCUGACCUCGGGCGAGCAGAAGCCCUCCGGAGCCCGCUUCACCCACCUCCGCAGCAUGCGGACGCCGGCGGAGAUGAUCGUGGGGCUGGUGCUGUGUCCCUGCGGGCUCCUGCUGACACUCACGGGCACGCUGGCACCCAAUUGGAGGCAGGUGAGCCUCGUACCUGACCAGCCCAUGGACGUCGUUUGGGAGCAGGGCAUCUGGGACAUAUGCAGGGAGCGGCAGAGCACCCACAACCGCCUCUGCGGGCAGGCUGACGAGCUGGGCUACUUUGAGCAGGUGCCCGUGCGGGUGGCCCAAGGGCUGAUGCCCUCCUCGCUGGUGGUCACCCUGGUGGGCUUGGUGGUGGCCGCCCUGGGUGUUCGCUGCUGGCGGCCGGAGCCCCGGCCCCUGGUGGCCGGCAUGGCAGGGCUGGUGCUGCUCCUCUCUGGGCUGAUGAGCCUCGUGCCCAGCUCCUGGUACACCCAGGAGCUGUGGGCACUGCCUGCACCACCUGGCAGCACGCUGACCGUAGGCUACAGCUUGGUACUGAGCUAUUUGGGAAGCUGUCUGGAGAUCCUGGGGGGGCUGGCCCUCGCCCUCAGCUUCCAUCACUGCUGCAAGGAGCGCAGAGCUCCCAAAGUGCCCCCCACUCCUGUGACAGAGGCAGGGUCGUGUGCCAGUAGAGCUUACAACAAUCCCUGGGACAUGCUGGAGGAUGAGCAAGAUGGACAGCACUGGAGGAGAAGCCCACCCUGUGACUCUGACUUGUAGCCCCAGCCCCGGGACAGCGGUCACUUCCCUGGCAUCAAGAGCAGUGCUGGCCCCUGCCCGUACAAGCCAUGAACUUUUCCUGGGGCCCCUCUGAACCCCUCUGGGUUCUCUCUUGCUGGAAACAAGACCAAGGACCUGUUCUGAAUAUUUGCAACUUCCUCAAAAGCCUGCUGUGCUCCAGGAUCUACAACUGUGCCAAAGCCAUGCUGGAUUGGCAACCAGAGGUGGCUCCAGUCCCUCCGUGCUGCUUUUACCUCAUCUUCCUGUACCAUGCAUAGCAGCUUGGGCAGAGACAGCUCUGGUGUUCCCAUGUAAGCAACAUACAGGUCAAAGUGUGUAACCUUCAGAGCUGGCAGUUGGGGAGGGGAGCACCUGUCUCACAUCUCUGCUCAGCUCAGGACUGUGCGAACAGCAAAAUAAAUUCAAAGCAAUG